AUGGAGAACGCAUUGGCAUUGAUUCGUGAUGAUGCUGGAGUCUGGAGAGACCAAGAGGGUCAUGUGUGCAAUGAGAGAGGUCAGCGACUUGAUGGACAGGGUAACAUCAUCAGGACGCUGGGUGACUACAACAGGCCUGAGCAAUUCUAUGCAAAUCGGUCUGCGAUUCGCGCUCCUGCGUUUCAGAGGAAUGAUUUUGAGCUCAAGCCUGUGUCUGAGGAGUUGAGGACGAAAAUUUCGACCUUCUCUCAGGAACCAACUGAAGCGUUCAAAGCUUCCUGGGUGCGAUUCAAAUCGUACCAGCGAGACUGUCCCCAUCAUGGCUUCAGCGAUGUGCAGUUGCUGGGUAUUUUCUUUAGAGGUAUCGACUGGAGGUAUCAGAUGGCUCUUGAUGCAGCGAGCAAUGGAAACUUCAACACCAGAUACCCAGACGAAGCUGUUGAGCUCAUCGAAAACUUGGCAUCUAGCAAUAGUACCAAGAAUGCAGACUAUCAACGAAGGAAGCAGGCUGGGAACCUGGAUGGAUCGCAAAUUGCCGAGGUGAAGGCUAAGCUUGACUCUGUGCAUAGUCUUCUUGUGGGUAAGAAAUCUGUCAGAUACCCUGCAGGAGUUCAGAAUUUCGGACCAGAUGAAGCUUUUGAGGAAGAAGAUGUUAACUUCAUCAAUGGAGCUGGAUUUCAGGGUCACAGAUUUGGUUCUGGGCAAGGGAACACGAAUUACAAUGGAAAUAAUCAGAGGAGUACCUUCACAGGUAAUCAGAACUCUUCUGGUUACAGCUCCAAACCUCAGUACCAGACAUCCUACUCCAACAACAGGUUUUCAAGGAACUAUGGUUCUCUUCCUACUCAAACUCCAGAUAAUGAGGUGAAGUCAAUGCUGGAACAGAUUUUGGAAGUUCUGAACACUCAUGUCAAGAAGCUUGAUACUCAGGUUGCUCAGACAGCAGAGUCUGUAAAAAGGCAAGAAGGAUUCCUUCCUGGGAAGACUGAUACUAAUCCUAGGCAUUACUGCAGUGCCAUCUCGUCAAGGAGUGGUAAAAAGUUGACUCCUGUGCUGAAAAAGGGUGUUUCUGAGGAUGAAAUCGUGGAGUUUGACGAAUCUGAAAAAAAUUUCGAAACUGCAGAGCCAGUGUCGAGCGACACCACAACCAGUGUCGCGCGUCACCAAUUGCAGAGCAAAGCUAAUAUUGCUCAAAGUCCGAAAUCUGCUGAGGAAAAGGUUUACAAACCUAAGAUUGCUCCUACUCUCAGACACUAUGUGAAGAAGAUGGUGACUAAUAAUGUGGGUCAUGAGGAAGGAGCGAUGAUGAUCUCUGAACAUGUCAGUUCUGUGAUUCAUAAUAAGAUUCCAGAAAAGCUCUCGGACCCAGGAAGUUUUGUUUUGGACUGCUCUAUCUUCUCAGAGAGGUUCAAGAGAUCGCUGUGUGAUCUUGGUUCGAGUGUCAACCUCAUGCCACACUCUGUAGCUGUUAGCCUUGGGAUGACUGACUUCAAGCCAACUAAGAUCUCUUUGAUCCUAGCAGAUCGGUCUAAAAGAAUCCCAAAAGGUGUCUUGGAAGAUGUUCCAAUCAAAGUUGGUGAUUGCAUAAUUCCUACAGAUUUCGUGGUUCUGCAAUAUGGAGAGGAACCCAAAGAUCCUCUUAUCCUGGGAAGAUCGUUUUUAGCUACAGCUGGAGCGGUGAUUGAUGUCAAGCAUGGUAACCUUGAUCUCCACCUGGGAGAUACCAUCAUGACUUUCAAGAUGGAGAAGCUGAAGGAUCCCACCAUAGAUGGUCAGACAUUCCAAGUCACUGCAAUACCUGAAGUGAUAGUUGGAGAUCAGAACGUGUUUGAUGCUGAGAUGGUGAGUGAUCAAUCUGAGUUGACGAAAACGUCUACAGAACCAGUGACUGCUGUUGAUCAGGAAGCUCCAAACAUUGCACUCCAUCCAUCUCCACCAAAGCAAAGGUACACACCUCUUGAACCUAAGCCUAAUUCUCGUGAUAUCAUUGGAACUGAUUCAAAGGAUGCAGGCUCUGUCUCACGACGCAAGCUACGAGAUUAUCGUAGAGCACUUGGUUUUUCGUUUGAUGAUAUUGCAGGGAAUAGGUCAAGGCCACCCAAACACAGAUCUCACCCUGGUGCUAUUCCUGCAUUCCUUGGACGACCUCAUGCGCACAACGCUUACACACCACCAUGGAUGAGACGAAUUUCACAGAGGCACUCUUUGCCACUGUCUGAUCCACCAGAUGCAUAG